AUGCGCUUCGCAGCCCUGGUUAUCGGCCUUCUGGCCACCUUUGUGUCGUCCGUGGCCGCUACGGCCCUGACCUACCGCCUCGAGGCCAACGAGAAGGCUUGUUUCUAUAACUAUGUUGACCAGAGGAACGUGAAGCUCGCAUUCUACUUUGCUGUCCAAUCCGGCGGUUCCUUCGAUAUCGACUACUCCGUUGUCGGGCCCGGCGAAAAGGUGGUCCUGGAUGGCACCAAGGAAAGACAGGGCGAUUUUGUGUUCACGGCCCAAAGCAUUGGCGAGUACCGGUUCUGCUUCAACAAUGAUAUGUCGACUUUUGCGGAGAAGAUUGUCGAUUUCGAGAUCGCGGUCGAGAACGAAGAACGCGCACAGUUGCCCUCCCGCCAGGGUGCUAGUCCCGAGCAGGCCUCCGCUCUUGAGGAGUCGAUCUUCAAGCUGUCCGCCCAGCUCUCCACCAUCACCCGCAACCAGAAGUACUUCCGCACGAGAGAGAACCGGAACUUCAGCACCGUUCGUAGUACGGAGCGUCGUAUUUUCAACUUCAGCGUGAUUGAGGGCUUGAUGAUGGUUUCGAUGGCUGCGCUGCAGGUCUUCGUUGUGAGGUUCUUCUUCCAGGGUGCCAGAAAAGGUAAGUGCCGAUGUCUUUUUACACUUGAGUUCCGAGGGUUUCAGUUGCUAUGUGUUAUGCCCCGUUUGGUAAUGGGGCCGAUGGAGCUGAUUAAUUGA